AGUUGAUUGUUGCGAAUUAAACGCUCUAGUCGCAUCCGGCAUUGGCGGCGAUAUCAAAAUUUAAAUUAACAAUAAAAUGAUAAUAAUUUUAUUAAUUUUCGCGCUAUUCGAUCGCGUCGUUACGCAGAGUUGCAUUAUAAACGUUACAAAAGACAUCACUGGUGCUAAACUUUUGAAAGACAACUCUUUUUUUGUAGACGGCGUGUUAUUCCCCAAGAAACAUGUGUUCGAAAGGAAUGUUAGUGGUGAAAUGAAAACGUACGGAUGUAUUUGUGAUUUGAAGAAGUGUUUUCAUAAGUGUUGUCCUUUGAAUCAAGUGAUGUAUAAGAAAAUAUGUACUGAAAUGCCUGGUAUGGAUAUGAUUAUGAAUGGUGAUCUCAGUUUGAAUUAUGUAGAUAGUUUUAAAAGAAGUUUAGAUGUUAACAACAGUGAGUUUGCUCUUGUCUACGGUAAACCAUGCAGUGCUGUAUACUUGGAAAUACAAAAAUGGUAUUUGCAAGAGGAUGGCAAUCUUUAUGUGGAAAUGCCUAACCUCAUCCCGCCAUGGUCAGUUCGAGGUCCUGACACUUAUUGCAUUGAUACAUUCGUCCUCGAAAAUCCUGACGGAACGAAGACUACGCGUAUGGACGCGUUGGCUUGCUUCGAGACAUCUCAAGAGGAGCAUUACUAUUUACUCACUAGCACUUGUAUGUUAACAUCGUGCUUGUUUAUCUUGGCGACGUGCGCGGUGUACGCGUGGCUGCCGGAGUUACGCAACCUCCAUGGAAAGGUGUUGAUGGCGUAUCUCCUAUGCCUCUUCUUCGGUUUCUGUUUAUUCUCCGCCAUGCAGAUCCUUCUCUACGUCGACAACAUAACAACGAACGCCUGCAUCAUACUAACGAUCGCUAUUUACUUUUUUCUGUUGUCAGCCUUCUUCUGGCUAAACGUCAUGUCCUUUGAUAUUUGGUGGACUUUCAGUGGGAAACGCGGUCUAUCACUGGAGAAGCUGUCGACGCAGGGCAGAUUCUACGCGUACGCAAUGUACGCGUUCAGUAUACCCACGGCGCUGACCAUACUCAUGACUGCACUUGAGUUCUCGGGAUUGCCGCCGCAUCCGUGGCUGCCGAUGAUUAAACAACAGGGCUGCUUCUUAUAUGGUACUAGUAAGUUGAUAUACUUCUACGGACCGAUUGUGGUGCUUUGCUUAGCCAAUAUGGUAUUUUUCAUCCUGACCGCGGUCAAGAUAACACAAAUCAAAAAACAAACAGCAGUCCUGAAAUCCAAGGAAAGUUCCAGACAUGACCAGCACAAAAAAGAUAAGCAAAGACUUCUGUUAUACAUCAAACUUUUCGCCGUGAUGGGCAUCAACUGGAUCCUAGAAGUGAUCAGCGCUCUUUACCCUGGAGCUUACGGCCUUUGGCGUGUCACUGACGUGUAUAAUGUCCUCAUCGGUUUGACCAUCUUCAUAAUCUUCGUAUGCAAACGUAAAAUCUACUACCUCAUAAAGAAAAGGAUCAAAGAAAGGUAUCAUCAUAAUGAAAGUGAUGGUGAUUUGAGAGCUUUUGAUCCAAGUCGAGCUAAACCUUGGUUGAAUAAAAAAUAUGAAACGAGGGGUAGUGUCGACACAAUAAAAAGUACCGUUGGAGAAGAACCAACAAAGAACGAGAAAUAUAAAAGAGCUGGAACAACACGAUUUUAA